ACGACAACGACGACGACCAACCCUCCAGCACACAACGGCGAGCCCCCGCUCCUCGAAGACCAGCUCGAGCACCCUCAGCACGAGUCCACGCCCCUCAUGUCCAACACCAUUCUCCCCACGUCUGACCCUCUAGUGAGGCAGGCACUAGCCCUAAUCCGCCUGCAAGUCCUUACCCCACUAUCGGUGCUUGUAUCUAUUGGAGCUACACUUGUAUGCGCUGUUGUCGUCCGCCCGACCAUGGGUGAGAUUAGCAGGAAUCAUCCGACUUCCGUCAGCCCGCUGGGAGUUAUGGUUGGCGUUUAUUGGCUUAUACUCUGGGUCGGGUUGGUGGGAUACUGCAUCCUGCUAGUAAUGGCUAGGAAGGAGGAAACCAAGGCUACAAUAGUACACGGCGUCGGCCUGCGACUUGUACUCGCCAACUGGCUGAUAGCCUUCUGGAGUAUAGCCUUCGCACUGGAAUUCUUCGUCACAUCCGUCAUUCUUCUCUCCCUCACCCUUCUGCUUUUCCUAUCAAUCUUCCUCACCCUCCUUCUGCACCCGCCCCAUACCAGCCGACCCUUGGACUACGUCUUCAUCCACGUCCCUAUGCGCAUGCUCGUGAUGGGAACGCUUGUGCAGGGUCUGCCACUGGGAGUGUUUCUAGCUGCUGGCUGGGUCGAUAACCUCCAUGCUCCUGAGGGAGGCGGGAAUGUUGAGUGGGGCAAGUACGCCUGGCCCGCAUUCGGGUUCAUAAUCGGUCUCAACUCCUUGGCACUGAUUGAAGUCGCCCUACUGAAAGACCUGCCCACAGCGCUAAGCGGCACCUGGCUCGUCCUCUCCGUCGGUCUGGCGCGGCCCAAGCCCACCCCAGUAUUCAUCGCCGUAAUCCUAUUCGCUGUCCUCUACCCGCUUGUGUGGAUCGCUGCGUUUGCGUGGGGAAGACUGAGGAGGGCGGAUGCGGGAAGGAUUGUUCUGCCGGAGCAGACGGAAGGAGAGGGAGAGCGGGAGGGACUUGCGAGGGAGGAAGCGGGUGUGUAGCGAACGAUGCGGACUCUUGUUUUUAUUCUUUUUACUAUUACGACUUUGCGAUUGCGUUACUUCUUCUAUGUACUCAGAAUUCC